AUGGCUCUCCAGACAGGUCUUGACUACAUGCGUUCGCGCACGGUUGUUGACUGCGACACAAUGGACGAAGAAGUUGCCAAAACUCUGGGCCCAUUCCAAGACUGCACUUCCAACCAAGCCAUCGCCUUCGGCGAGCUCUCCAAACCAAUACGCGCCGAGGUGAUUUCCACAUCGCUAGCCGAUGCGAAAGCACUGCAUGCAAAGUACUCCUCGAUCACGAUUGAAGAACUAGCCGUCGAGGUCGCGAUGGUGCGAAUGGCCGCCGGAAUGGCACAGCACAUUCGCGGACGAGUCCAUGUACAGACAAACCCAUACUACUCUUACUCGUCGGAGAAGACAGUCAUCAAUGCACUACGUCUUGUCCAACUAUUCCAGCACGUCCAUCCCGGUUUCGAUGUGGAUCGCAUCUCUAUCAAGAUCCCAAGUACGUGGGAAGGAAUGAUGGCCUGUCGCACGCUUGAGCUGGCUGGUGUGUGUACUCUUGCUACUACGCUGUUUAGUAUGGCGCAGGCUGUUCUUGCUGCUGAAGUUGGGUGCACUUAUAUUGCGCCUUAUGUUAAUGAAUUGAAGGUUCAGGUCAAUACUGGGCUCGUUGACCAGGCAAAGUUACUCCCGCUUUGUGCAGCUAUACAGAAACAUUACAAAGCGAUCAAUGCUUCCACAAAGGUCCUGCCCGCUAGUUUGACCUCUGUUGAAGAGAUUUACUUCCUUGCUGGAGUAAAUCAUCUUACCAUUGCACCUCAUCUUUUGAGUCAAUUAAAUCAACCUUACACUGGAAAUGUUAACUCGCUGUUUGAUGUUGCUCCUACUUUGCCUAUUCCAGCGAAGGGCGUGUCUUUCGUGAAUGAUCCGGGGAGUUAUCAGAUCACGUUUGCACGAGACCUUGGUGGCGCUAGUCAGAUAAAAUUGACUGAGGCUGUAAACAUCUUCUGUGAUUUCCAGGACAAGCUGGAGCAAAUCAUGAAGGUUGCUGCUUGA